CACCUGUGAACCACCGCAACAAUAACACACCACUUCUUCCUCUCCCUCUCCAACACCCCAAAGCCUUUCCUUACCUUUCUUUCUUUGUAGCCGCUCGACCUCUAAUUAUCUCAGUUUGUUGCCCUUGCCUCUCAUAAAGCAAAUAGUGUCUCGUUACCAGGUUCCUCUGUUACUGAAUCUACGCCUCAGGAGAAUUCACCGGAAAGUCACCCUUGCGAGGCAGCAAUCAUCUCCACUACCACUCCUUACUCUCAGGGCCAUACUGCUGCUGGUUUGAUUGCAGAGCUAUUCAAUCCCAUGCCCUCUUCUACUCAAUCCUCAGAGACUGCAGUAUCUAUUUUGAGCACCUUUAGGAUAAAAAGGAGUUAUCUACCGACCGCGAGCAACGACACCGCCUGUCCUUCCCAUGUCAACAGCAUCUACCCAGUCCCGAGGGCUCAACCGACGGAUCAACAGCAUUCAGAAUGAAGCUCGCCACUCGCGUACAUCUUCGGGGUCUCGCAGGAGACCUGUGAACUCCUCCACAGCCUACACAUAUGCGCUUCGGGUCGCUUACUUGGCCUAUCUUCUCCAACCACGGUUGCGCAGAGUCCAAACUGCUCCAGCCCCGCAACGGCCGAAGAGAGCUUCAACCUCCUUCCACGACUUGAUGAGCGAUUUCUCGCUCGUGCGAGAUUCGAAGAGCACUCGCAUCCCACAUGGAUUCAUCUCGGAGUUGGAGAAAAGGCUGACUGGGGUCUUGAUUGGAAAAGAGAAGCGGAAAGAGUACCAAGAUCCGCUGGUCGUGAGGACCUUUGCUGCUUUUCUCAAUACCCUGAAGGACCAGUCAUUCAAGAAGCGUAUGGAAAAGGAUCGGCGGGCCGAAGACCUUGUCCUCAUCUUCUAUUCAAACGCGACCAAGGAAUUGAGCAAAGGAAAGGAACCCGAUGAUGAUCACUGGAGAUUCAUGGUGGACAGACACGUGGCUCUAUUUGUCCGUUUGUUUGCACUUAUUCUAAAGGACCACGACUGGGCCAAAGAACGGCCCGAACUGGCCAAUCGACUGUCGGUUCUAGAGAACAAACUGCUGUCUCAGGAUCAGGAUCUUGUGCAAACAAAUGGCACCUCCAGCGUAGAAGUUAUAGCCCCGUUAAGCUACGAUAUCAAGGACAUGACUCUCGUGCAGCAUGUUGCAAAAAUCUUCGAUGUGAGCCAGAGCCAGGCGCAAGCCGAUAUCAAUAAUAAUCGAGCGGUCUGGACGGGACAGGCUGCCCUGCGAGAUUUGAAGACCUACCAAGCUCAUCUAACUUUGAAAACUCGAAAAACAUUGUCCCGGGAAGACUUCGAGAAUGAAGAAGCAUACGAGCUGUGGAAGAAGAAUGAAGGUCCGGAUCUAUCCCAGAUGAUGCUUGCUAUUGUGCAAUCAAAUCCAGAAUUUGCCAAGAGCGCCCCAGGAGAUGCCCUUCCACAAUUCAGUCCGAGCGCUACGGAUCGGGAUUCAAUUGGAGAGCUUUCGAGAACAAUUUCUGAACGACCAUCAUCAUAUAUUUUAGAUCAGCCUGUGGAUCUGAGCUCAUUGUCUCUGGCAGACGAUGGUCUGAACGGAGCCGAAGAAUCUGAUACAUAUACAUAUAUACCUCAGGAUCCCCGGUCAAUGUACCGGUUCAUACUAGCUCAAACCCUUGGUCACGACCUGAGGGACCGCGAACUUGAGGCCUCCCAGGCUACAUCGGAAGCAUCUCUCAUGAAGUUGUUGUCUAAGCAAUCAACCGAGCUUUUGAAUGAGAUUUGUCUUCGUUGGCGUGUUCCUGCCGUUUCACGGAUGGUCCUCUUUCUGGAUGUUGUGCGGUCGAAAUUUGUCGAUAAUGAGAUCGACCUUGACACGCUCGAUUUAGCAUUUACAUUUGUCAAGGAAGCGCCGAACUCAGAUGGCAGAAAGCGCAGCAGCUUCGUGGCUUCAGUCUUGUUUGACCGUAAGAAGUGGACCAUUCACGACCUUCUAUUGAUGCAGCAGAUACUAUCAUCCCUUCAUGAGGCGCUUCUGAGAGAACUCUAUGACGUGAUGAUGGACUGCUAUGAGACUAAACCACGCCCGAUCGGUCCGGUCAUGUUCAUAUUGGAAACUCACAUUCAGUUGGACCCCAGCUAUACCGAGGACUUGGAAGACAUCGAUCGCUUUCGCUCGUACGUGCAGGACGGGCUGGCGCAAAAAGCCUCUGAGAAAUAUCAAGAGCUUUUGGGUCAGCUUAUUCCGGUGCAGCCAGAAGAAUGGGAAAUAGACCAUGUGAUCCAGUUGUGCGAUGCCAUUACAAAACUUGCGCAGAAAAUUCGAAAGCGAUAUCGCAACAAUCCAGAAAUUAUGGGGGUUAAUCCUUAUCUUAUUCUACUCUCCAACGUACUCCCAAUAUUUGCGGAAGAUGCUCAUGAGAUGGUAGCCCGGAUAAUCGAAUUGGAGAAGGUGCGAGGGGAAGCGACUGACAUACAGGAUGGAUUUGAUCUCUACCGUAGACUGGCAGAUGUUCGUGGGCUUUUUGUCGAGGCAUUGCCUGACGUAUCAUUUCCGUUCCAUGUGGAGGGACUGAUGGAGAAUUUUGUCUGGCGGUGGAUUCGCCUGACAGAACAGAAGGUCAUGGACUGGGUGGAGCAGGCAGUGAAACAGGAUUCCUUCAACGUCCGAGUUGAUGGCUCGGCGGAUGAGAUACCUGAAGAAUACAGACACAGUGUGUCUGUGAUUGACAUUUUCCGGUCUUUCAAUCAGGUUGUGGAACAGAUGGUACAACUGGAAUGGGACGACGACUUGCAGUACGCCAAAUUUAUGACGGCUCUCUCCAAGUCGAUCGGCAGCGGUGUUGCAAGAUACUGCGAAUCUUUGGAGCAGAUGUUCGCGAGGGAAAUGGAUCGUCUUUCUCCAGAUCAAGAGGCCGCUAUGAACCAGACGGCUCAGGAGAAACUAAUGCAGCUUGCUAAAGAAGCAUGGACAAGUAAAGAGAAGAUUGAGCCCUUUCAAUUCUUCCCCGAGUCUUUAGUCAAACUCAACAAUAUUGAAUAUGCACUUUCUCAACUUGACAAGCUUGAACAGGAAAUCAAUGUGGACGGUUGUGCAGAAGUUAUAGCAAGACAUGCAGCACCUCAAUUACAAAAGAUUCGCAAGUCAACGACUUAUGUCUUCACCAUCAAGGUAGUGGAGGCGGAAGAUCUGAAAGCCUGUGACAUGAAUGGCGGUAGUGACCCUUACGUGGUGCUGGCUGAUGAGUAUCAGAAGCGCAUUGCGAAGACUCGCAUCAUUUAUAACAAUCUGAAUCCACGGUGGGAUGACGCGGUCGACAUCACAACGCAGGGUCCUCUAAACAUCAUUGCUACUAUCUGGGAUUGGGAUGCAGUGGGUGAUCACGACUACGUGGGACGAACGUCAAUCAAGCUUGAUCCUGUGCAUUUCAGUGACUUCCUCCCAAGAGAAUAUUGGUUGGAUCUUGAUACCCAAGGCAGACUGUUACUCCGUGUGAGUAUGGAAGGAGAGCGCGAUGACAUUCAAUUUUACUUUGGCAAAGCCUUCCGAACCUUGAAGCGGACAGAGAGGGAUAUGACACGGAAAAUCACGGAAAAGCUAUCAGCAUAUAUCAGUCAUUGUUUGUCGCGCCGGACGCUCAAAUCCCUUUUAUCACGAGGGCUCAGUAUAUCCAGUGUCUCUAACUUUCUCAACCGGAAUCGUGCUCAGUCGAGUACCGCCACCCCGUCCAGUGCAGAUGUGGAGAAUGCGUUGACGCCCUUAUUUGACUACUUUAACGAUAAUUUCGCUAUCAUGAACAAGACUCUUACUUCAGAAGCUAUGAAGAUGGUGAUGGCACGACUGUGGAAAGAAGUCCUCGCUACCAUUGAGAGUUUGCUAGUACCCCCUUUGUCAGAUAAGCCCUCUCACCAGAAACCUCUAACAAUGCAAGAGGUUGAUAUUGUCGCACGCUGGCUCGUGCUUCUACUGAAUUUCUUCCACGCGGUGGAUGAGGAGACUGGGGAAGCCCACGGCGUGUCAAUGGAUAUCCUCAAGUCGCCCAAAUACCAUGAGAUUCAGACGCUGAACUUCUUCUAUUUUGAACCCACCGAGAGCCUGAUACGCACCUCAGAACGGAUGGCCUCUGCGACAAUUUCGCGCCAGCAGGCCAACAAAAACCGUGUUUCGGCGCCUCCUCAUCUAGGCGCUUCCGGGCCUGGCAGUAUGCUGGGCCUCCCGGCUGCUCGUCGUGCCAAGAGUAUCAUGCUCUCGCGCAAUCUCGGGACAAUGCGAAAGUUGAAAGAGGAAAAAUGGCGCGAAGCUCAAGCGGAGCCAAACGACGAUAUGAUCCUGCGUAUCCUGCGCAUGCGUCCUGAAGCUGCAGGCUAUCUACGCGAUCGAAGUCGCCAGAAGGAGCGACUAGCAGCAGCCGCGGCGGCAGACGCCAUCGUAAAGCAAAGCCUGAUGGCCGGGGUCGGGGCCAAGAUGACGGGCAUGCUUGGACGUCGAUGAGUGUUUGCAAGCGGCCACUGGGUGAAUUGCGCGCAUUCGAUUCGAUGGUUCUUUUGUUUUUUUAUCUUUCUUUUUGUGCUCUGGGAUAUAACCCAUUCUGUCCGUUGUUGCCAACUUUGCGUAUAUUGACAUGAUUCCCACCACUAGUUUGAUCUUAAAUGCGCCUUAUUUAUUUGGUAUGAAUUGCAUUUCGCGGAGCCGUGGACCCAAGGUUC